UAUUCGCUGUUUUUUCUUAAUGUAUGUAGUCGUAUGUGGAAACCAUGGACUUUUGCUAAUUUUCUGAUUAAUGGCUAUAGCUAUGGGACGGCCUUAAUAUUGUCCAUUGGGUGCCUUAAAAAUGUGGUCCCUUGGAGGUCUGGGACUGUGGUACCUCAUUGA